AUGGUGGAGCCCGGAGCCGACGGAGACGCCGCACUUGCCGAGCAACGAAAGCAACAGGGUAACGAAGCAUUCGCCGCCAGAGACUUUGACGCUGCAGUACGCUACUUUUCGGAGGCGAUUGAGCUGGAUCCAUCGAAUAACGUUUUGUACUCUAAUAGAUCAGCGGCCUAUGCGUCUAUGGGCGCAUACGAGGAGGCUUUGGCAGACGCAGAGCGCUGUAUCGAGCUGGCGCCGCAGUGGCCGAAAGGAUACUCUCGUCGAGGUGCAGCGCUCGCUGGUCUGGGUGAGUUUGAUCAAGCCGAAGAAGCCUACCGCCAGGGUUUAUCGAUCGAUCCCGAUAAUGCUGCCCUGAAGAAGGGUCUAGACGAGUUGGCGCAGCUGAGGCAACGAGGUCCAGACUCGGGAGCAGGCGCUGCCGGGGGUUUCCCCGCGGAGCUGUUGCGAGCCCUGGCCACCAAUCCGCGGGCGCGAGAGCUCUUGCAGGAUCCAUCCAUUCUAAGUGCUCUCCAAGGUCUGAACGAUCCGUCGAAACUGAUGGAGGUUUUGCGCAACCCGAAAAUACAAGAAAUUUUCAAUUUGAUCUCGGGAACGCAAGGGCAAGCGUCACAACAAUCGUCGUCGUCAUCGAUUUUUGGAACGGACGCAGGUGGCCGUGAUAUUGAAGGCGCUCCUGGUCAUGAACAGGGAACAGACGAGACAUUGAAUGCAUCAGCGCCUGGUGACAAUGUCGAAGCUGCAUCAGAAGCCCCGAGGGCAGGCCCGGAGCAAGCUGUAGCGAACGGCGAUACCGCCAUGAACGCUGCGGAUUCAGAUGAUGACGGCGACGCUGAUAAGUCUAGUAGAGCUGAAGCUGAACGCGAGAAGGAGCUUGGUAACGCCGCAUACAAGCAAAGAAAAUUCGAGGAGGCAUUGAAGCACUAUCGCAGAGCUCAGGAGCUCAACCCGCGUGAGCUUGUGUACAUCUUGAACGAGGCAGCGGUCUACUUUGAAAUGAAAGAUUAUCAAAAGACAAUAGAAUUGUGCCAAUGGGCGAUCGACCGCAAUCAAGAGGAGAAUCUCGGAGCCGAUUUCCCGGUCAUUGCGAAAGCGUACGCGCGGAUUGCGAGCGCCUACGACCGCCUUGGCGAUUUUGAUGCCGCGAUCAAGGCCUACGAGAAGUCGCUGGUGGAGCACCAUGACCCACGCGUUGCAAUGAAGCUUCAGGACUGUCGUCGGCGAAAGAAAAAGCACGAGGAGGAAGCCUACAUUGACGAGGAAAAGUCACAAAAGGCGCGCGAGGAGGGUAACGCUGCUUUCAAGGCAGCUGACUUUCCCAAGGCCAUCGAGUGGUAUACAGAGGCACAUCGUCGCAACCCGCGCGACCCGGUGCCGCUCUCGAAUCGCGCCGCCGCGUAUAUCAAGCUCGGAGAAAUCCCGUCAGCGCUGCGCGACAUCGACAAGGCACUCGAGCUUGAUCCGAAAUUUGUUCGCGCGUACGUGCGCAAAGGCCAGGCGCACAUGCUCAUGAAGGAGUAUCACAAGGCGCUGGACGCCUACGAGAAGGGGUUGGAAUUAGAUCCGAACAACGCGGAGCUGCGGGAAGGCUAUGCCAAAGUGCUGGUUGCGAUACAGUCGACCGAUCAUGAUCCUGCGCGCGCUGAACGAGCCAUGUCGGAUCCAGAGAUUCAGUCCAUCCUCAUGGAUCCGCAAAUGGGCAUUCUCUUGAAGAAUAUGGAGAGCGAUCCAUCCGCUGUUCAGUCAGCAAUGAGCAACCCUGGCGUUGCACGUAAGAUCCGUAAGCUGAUCGCGGCAGGAAUCAUUCGAACGGCGUAG